AUCAGAAUAAAAAAUGAGUCACGAAUAAUACGCUCUUAUAUAUACGUAUUCAUCAGGUCCAUUACUCGUCAGUCGCCAUAGCCCCCCAUAGCAAAACCCCAAUCCGAGAUAAUUGAACCAGAGCUAGCUUCGUGAUCAUCGUCGUCAACUAUGGGGAGAAAGUUCUUCGUCGGCGGUAACUGGAAAUGCAAUGGAACUGCAGAGGAGGUGAAGAAGAUAGUUUCGACCCUUAAUGCUGGUGAAGUACCCUCUGAGGUUGUUGUGGAGGUGGUUGUCAGCCCUCCGUUUGUGUUUCUUGGACUGGUUAAAAGUUCGCUAAGGCCUGAUUUUCACAUUGCUGCUCAGAAUUGUUGGGUUAAAAAAGGAGGUGCUUUCACUGGUGAGGUCAGCGCAGAGAUGCUUAUCAAUCUGGGCAUUCCGUGGGUCAUUCUUGGUCAUUCUGAGAGGAGGCUUAUACUAAAUGAAUCAAAUGAUUUUAUUGGAGAUAAGGUUGCAUAUGCUCUUUCACAAGGCUUGAAGGUAAUUGCUUGCGUUGGGGAGACUCUUGAGCAGCGAGAAUCAGGAUCUACCAUGGAUGUUGUUGCUGCACAAACUAAAGCAAUUUCAGAACGCAUAUCAAAUUGGGAAAAUGUUGUUUUGGCCUAUGAGCCUGUUUGGGCUAUUGGAACAGGGCAGGUCGCAACUCCUGCUCAAGCUCAGGAGGUGCAUUUUGAGUUGAGGAAAUGGCUUCAAGUGAACACAAGCUCGGAAGUUGCUGCCACAACGAGGAUCAUCUAUGGAGGUUCUGUCAGUGGUGCUAACUGCAAGGAACUGGCAGGCCAACCCGAUGUCGAUGGUUUUCUGGUUGGUGGAGCGUCUCUUAAGCCGGAGUUCAUUGACAUUAUCAAGUCUUCUGAGCUGAAGAAAAGUAUGUGAUUUGGUAUCAGUUAUCGGUUGGUGAGAUGUUAAAAGUGUAUUAGAGAAGGUUUUGAUAUAUGAUUCAUGUGAAGCCUAUGGGAGUGAUUAUCCCUCGUACUCUAUGCAUUUUGCUUGAAAUUGAUAUGCAUGUAUGAAUAAUUCCAAUUGUGCCCGUAAAGCAACAUUUUUCUUAUAA